GUAAUUUCAGGCCUUUCCUUCUACAUCUCAACGAAAAAUCUACAUCAAACUCCACUUCAUUAUGACAAUCGAGUGAAGAAAUGACAACGAUAUUCGGAUUUUGGACAUGGUGGUCGACGUUGAUACUGUUAUUGCUGCGGUUUACCUACGGUGAUGACGAUAUAGACUUGGACACAUUGAAUAUCACUUCAACAACGGAAUCUUCAACAACGACUACUACAACACCGCCGGGACCAGCAUCGGCUGAUAAGCUAGGGGUUCCUCGAUGUGAGUCAAACUACGAUUGCGUUCAUAAUGGUCUAUGUCGUAAAGAUAGCGAUGGUUAUGGUAGAUGUCUUUGUCCGAGGAGCUGUCCGCCGUACAUUCCAAUGGAUUGUAUGAAGCAGGGUGCUUCAUCAUACUAUCGCCUUCGGCAGAGAUAUCGGCACGAGCUGCCAUGCGGGGUGAUGGAUUCGAGUUACGCAAAAAAGUACGAUUUGCCCAGUCCUCAGUGCCAUCUGGGUCGUUGCUCAUGUCCACCGAUGUUUGACAACUGGAAGACAAGUGAUUCACCGGUGCUUACGCUGCUGCCUACGAAGUGUGACAGACGAGAACUGGCCGUCCUCGGUAUAGCAUACCCGUCGGACGCAGUAUACAAAGGCACAGAUGUGGUGCUCUACUGUUGUGUGAAUAUGGAUCCGCAAGGGUUGAUCGAUGUAGCAGGGGUGUUAUUCGUGCAGAACACUACAGUAGUACGUGAGCCGACCAACCAUCCGUUUCAUUAUAUGACUGAGUUUGAAAAGAUGAACACUCCGUACUGCUGGGAACUUGAAAUCCGCAAUGUGCAGCUAUCUGAUAGCGGCUCGUACAUGUGUCAUGUGAACGCAAAUCAGCAGCCAUCUGUCAAUUAUACUAUAGAGUUCCAAGUCAAAGCUCCGAGAACUAUUCAAAACCUAACGAUUGUUACAAAUGAUAAUUCCGCUAACGUUAGCUGGGAUGUACAGCAGGGACCACAACUGAAGAUAGGACUGAGGCUUGUACGGAGAACAGGACUGAAUGGGCAAGAGGUCUUCUCACAAGUGAAUGCCAUCUCACCUGUAAUCAUCACCAAUCUCCGCGCUGCGACACCUUAUAAAUUGUUUGUGACUGUGAAUGACAGCCAGACAGAUCCGUUCGAGAUCACAGAGCUAUUCAAUACGGCUGAAAGCAAGCCCCAUCCGCCUAAAUAUGAAGAUGUGCGAGUUUUGAACUCUGGAUCAUCGCUUAUGUGCGAAGUGGAGUGGAGAGCACCCGCUUUGACCAAUGGGAGAAUCAGUCGUUACUAUGUAAGAGUACAAGGAGCCGUUCGUCGAAUGAGACCAGGAGGUCCUAUAGUUGCAGAUGAUUUUCCCCCACCAACUGAUGAGGAAAAAUGUGCUAACUGGGAUGAGAGGGAAGCGGCCUCACAUGGCAUUAACCCUAUAGAGUUCACAACGGAGUUCUUGUCGUGCAAGUAUGGUCCUCUGAAGCCCAAUCGAAAUUACACAAUCACCGUAUGGGCGGAAAAUUCAGCUGGUCGUUCAUCUCCGUUAGUGUUCCCUAAACAUUGCAUAACAAAUUAUGCUCAGCCCGAUGUAGUCGAAAAACCAAUAACGUCAACAAACUCCAAUCAUACGUCAUUCAACUUAGCUUUCAACUCCAAACCAGAUGACACAAAUGGUCCCAUUAGUUGCUAUUACAUUGGCAUCGUGCCAUUGUUGAGGAAUGUUUCGUUAGAGACACUUCCACCUCCACAAGAAAUAGUUAUGGAUACGGUAUCAAAGGCAUUCAACAAUAAUCUCCUUCCACUUGCUGCCGAGAAGAAACGAUUUUUCGCCUACAUCGCGGAAAGCUAUACCGACUACCCUGCAGACACGGUCAUCGGUGAUGGGAAAGGAGUGGCUGGCAUGAAACCGUGCAGUGUUCUGUACCUCAGCAGAUACAAAGCAGAAGAUGUCAUUCUUCGACCUGGACUGAAGUACACUGGUUUUCUCAUUGUAAGAGUGGACAAAGAUGAUAAAGAAGAAGUUCAGAGUGGAGCUCAUUAUAGUCGAAUACUGGAUCCCUUGAGGCCGAGAUCUUAUCGGCAACUUCAUCUCAGUGGACCUGCAUACGGCUUUAGUGGAUACUUCAAACCGGUGUUUUUGGAGCCGGAGGAUGUUUCAGAAGGAAGCGUACUUGGCACGUUUUUCACUGUUUUGGUUCCACUUCUGGUCUUCCUAACCAUGGCAUCCGUAUUGGCUCUGUUUGUGCUGCACAAACGUGGAGAAGUGUCUCAGUGGUGUCAUUGGCUGUGGAUGUCCAAGGAAUCGUCAGUGGGAGCUGAGCGAACUCUUCUUAGACCAUCAGCUUACCAUGCCAUCCCAGUAGAUGACUUACCGUCCGAGUAUCUCAUGAGACAUCGCGACUCAGAUUUCCUGUUUGCCCAGGAGUACGAGGCGCUUCCCCAUUACAAACUCGAUGCGACUGCUAGCGCUAAGAAGGAAAAUGCAUGCAAGAACAGAUAUAACGACAUCCGAGCCUUUGAUGCGACUCGUGUGAAAUUACGGAUAAUCAACGAGGAUGAGAACUCCGACUAUAUCAAUGCGAACUUUGUCAAGGGUUGGGAUGACCGGAAAACAUUCAUAGCAGCGCAGGCCCCACUCGAUACGACAAUUUCUGAUUUUUGGCGAAUGAUAUGGGAGCAAGACGCACGUUUGAUAGUAAUGGUAGCGAACUUAUUUGAGAAAAAUCGUCAACAAUGCACAAAGUACUGGCCGGAUGAUCAGCCAACAAGGUAUGGUGAUCUACUGGUAAGCCCUCGAGAAGCUUCCUACUUCGCUGACUACGCCGUUAGAUGUUUCGAUAUCGAGACUGUCAAUGAGAAAUUUAGCAGGAUGUCUCCUGGUGCUAGGUCCGACAUCGGCUCGAUCGAAUCAACUCCCGGCUCGGAAUAUGCGAAUGUUCCAUCAGUACGUCAUUCAAAUGGCCAUGCUGAAACUUCAUUUGUAGGUACGGGUAACGUACGUCGGGUUGUGCAGUAUCAUUUCACAAACUGGAAUGACUACAAAGCUCCUGAAUGCUCCACAGGAUUAUUGCGGUUUUUGAAUCGCUUACGAGAACUGCCAGAAUUCAACGAUUAUCCUGUUGUGAUACAUUGCAGCGCUGGCGUGGGUCGAACAGGAACAUUCAUUGCCAUCGAUAGCAUGUUGGAUCAAUGUGCUGCCCAAUCUAAAGCUGACAUCUUCAACUUUGUCGCAGGUCUUCGAAAACAACGGAACCUUAUGGUGCAAUCUCAGGAACAGUAUGUGUUCAUUUACAAAGCUUUGGCUGAAUGGCAUUUGUUCGGCUACACGGAUAUGGAUGUUGAACAGCUGAAAGAACAUUAUCAAGAGUUGCUGGAACCAGCAAAUAGGGACCGAUCAUCGUCAUUCAGUAAUGCAGUCAAACUUGUCGCACGGCCCGACGCUGCACCUACGAUAGGCAUGGAGGUGGAGUUCCGGAGACUCGAACGGACUCUGGAAACCCCCGCCAAGUGCUCGUUUGCAGCUAAAGAAGACAAUGUGAUGAAAAAUCGGUUUGAUUCGGCAGUACCAUAUGAUCGUAAUCGUAUCGUACUACGAGCAUCGAUCGGUUACGCCGAUACUACUUACAUCAAUGCCAGCUCUCUUAAGGGCUAUUUUUAUCCGUAUGUUUUGGCACAAGAUCCUGUUAGUGAGAACACAGUGUUCGACUUUUGGCGUAUGAUCUCGGAAUUGAAUGUUACAACAUUAGUAAUGCUUUCUAACGAGGAAGAUUGGAGCCCUUCCGAAAAGUACUGGCCAAGUGAGCUUCACGAAACGGCUGUCUAUCAGCGUGCUCCGUACCACGUGACUGUACAGCUCAAUGGAGAGGAACAUUUCCCAUACUUUAUCACUAGGAAACUGAGCUAUCGCUUGAAGGAGGAUAGCGUUGCUCGUAGUGUAGUUCAAUUCGCAUUCACAGCAUGGCCAUCAUCUUGUGUAGUGCCAACAUCAUCAGAGCCACUACUUUCGCUCGUUGGUCGAGUUCUCGAAAGACAAAGUGGUUUGCCUGAUUCAGGACCGAUCGUGUUACACUGCAGGGAUGGUUCCUCCGAAACGGGUGUCUAUUGUUGUAUUUCAUUAUUGUUAGAACGGUUGAAAGCAGAACAACGAAUAGAUGUAUUCCAAACCGUCAAAGGCCUCCAGAAUCAGCGGCCAUUGAUAUUCUCAAAAUUGGAACACUAUGCGUUCUGCUACCAAGCCGUUAUCGAUUACAUCAGGUCAUCUCGAUAGCGUUUUGAUGAUUAUCAGGUCGUUGUUAGAGAAUUCUUCUUCCUAAAAAUUCGUAUCACUGGAUCAGAUCGUGUAGUUUGGCAAUAUAUGACCAUUUCUUAUCUUCUUCUCUCUAAUCCGCGCAAAUCUCUAGUCAUCACAUAUUUGGAAUUUAUAUGCGCUCAUUCCACUUUCAUUAUCGUUUUCGUCAUUUCUCAUUUAGCGCUCUCUUGCCAUGUUCAUUACACUGACUGCAGUCUUUUGUUCGAAAUUCGGGUGAUAUCAUUUAAUUAUUUGUUUACUGAAUGAUGAAUUGUUUUCUGUGUUCGCUCAUUUAUGCGCUGUGAUGUACUUUAUGUUCAAUGAUGAUGUAUUCUUUCUAAGCGAAUCUUUUCCUGUCUCAUCUUGAUAUAACAGUACUGAUGUAGGAACGAACGUUCAUUCUGUCAAAAUAAUAGACUAGUCAGAAAUUGGUCGCUAAACACGCAUAAUUAUAUUUUGACGAUAUUCUAUUAGCCUUGCAUAACCCCUUAACUGCGAUGCUGCUUACUGAUUCGUAUGCGAUGAAUGCGCAGAGCUCUCUAUACAUAUUUGCAAGUUCUACAUUUAGUUAGCUAGCGAUAAGCAACUCUCAGCGCUGUUCGUACGCCUGCCAAGGUUGUUUUUCUUUAUGCUUGUGACCCGAAAAAAACCGGGUCCUAUGCUAUUUGUUGCAUUAUUUCUCGCACUGCGCAUCCAUAUUUCACAGCCUCAUCAUUAUGUUAUUGGCGUUUGUUUAGUAGGCAUUAGUAUCGAACCUCCCAGAAACGUGUAUUUUUUUUCUAUUUCUCUUUCGCCGUAUGUGGUGUACAUAUUGUGUCAAAUAAAUAAGCUU